AUGCUGUUGAUUGUUUACUCACUUCUUUUCACUAGCUGUAUCUUGGCUUGGACGCCUGUUGAUGAUUUCAGGGACGAGUUUUAUAGUAAACUCAAAGCACUAGAAUAUGAUCUGGCAGAAACGAAACAUGAACUGGCAGAAACGAAACAUGAAGUGGCAGAAACAAAACAUGAACUGGCAGGGACGAAACAUGAACUGGCAGAAACGAAACAUGAAAUGGCAGAAACGAAACAUGAACUGGCAGAAACGAAACAUGAACUGGCAGAAACGAAACAUGAAGUGUCAGUUUUGAGAAACAAACAUGAGCACGAUACGGAUCGAGCGGCUCGGCAAAUCGUAUACACCCCAUCCCAGGUCGCCUUCCAUGCUUACCUGACCGUGCAUCCAACCGGCCUAGCCCUCCAUGACGUGAUCCCCUUCGACAUGACCAAGCUUAACGCGGGAAAUGCCUUCGACCCAAGCACGCAUGUAUUUACGUGUCCAUUCAACGGCAUUUACGUCUUCCAGUCGGCACUCAUGUCGGAACCAAACGACAUGGUUCAGACGGAGAUCGUCAUCGACGGCGCUGAAGAAGUUGCCGCCAUGUUUUCAAUGAUUGACAGAAGAACAUGA